GGGCCACGCAGACUGAAUACAAGGGCUACUACAAUAUAGGCUUUAAAAACCCCAAGCCCGCCAUACUAAACGACGGAGGACAUAUUUGAGGCUUGAACAAUGUUAUUCAGGUUCGGUGUCAUUCUCACUCCGGAGUCUCCGGACGUAGAGGUCUCUGUUUUGGGUUCGCGUGCAGAAAUGGGCAACUGGGACCCGCGCGGAGCGGUUCAGAUGAGAGCCUCGCAGAAGCUCCUGCUGUCCACACAGGAACCGUGUCUGUGGAUCGGCGACGUUCAGCUGGCAGAGCCGUUCAAAGAGGCUUUGUGGUUCAAAUUCGUCAAAAGAGUCCGCGGCACUUGUAUCUGGGAAGGUAGUGGUCCGAGCCAUGACAGAUGUUGUUCAUAUGAUGAGAGGAACAUGGUGGACGGAGUGUACUGCCAUCCGAUUGGUCACUGGAUAGAGGGAACAGGACACAUAGAUGAGAUGAAACACACCACCAACUUCUAUUUUGGUGUGGCUGGUCAGAAGGCCAUUCAUUUCUCCAGGGUGCUGCCACAUAUUUGGCUGGGCAGCUGCCCUCGACAGGUGGAACAUGUGACGAUCAAGAUGAAGCAUGAAUUGGGAAUUACUGCAGUGAUGAACUUCCAGACAGAGUGCGAUGUGGUGAACAACUCCGACGGCUGCAGGCGCAACCUUGGAGAAGCCAUGACCCCUGAGACCAUGAUGCGUUUGUACAAAGACUGUGGCUUGGUGUAUGUGUGGAUACCCACACCUGACAUGAGCACUGAGGGUCGGAUCCGGAUGCUUCCCCAGGCUGUAUUUUUGCUUCAUGGUCUCUUGGAGAAUGGUCACACUGUCUAUGUUCACUGUAACGCCGGAGUAGGCCGGUCGACGGCAGCCGUGUGCGGCCUGCUCAUGUACGUCCUUGGCUGGAGCCUGAGGAAGGUGCAGUACUUUGUUGCGGCCAGGAGGGCGGCAGUGUACAUAGAUGAGGCGGCUUUAGUCCAGGCUCAGGCAGACUUCACUCAGAAGUUUGGACGACUACGACCAUCCAUCUCUUGCCCAGAUCCAUGAUAAUGUCGUUUCCUUGCAUUGUCUUCAACAUUGAAGCAUAGCUUACAGUUAUGAGAAGUUCCACUGGACUGAACUCUCGGAAAGGAAUAUGACUUCUGAAAAAAACAUGCUCUGUAGUCAGCGCCAGAAGGAGAAAUAACCUAUAGCAAGAAGAUGUACUCAACACAUGAGCCACUUCAGCUGAGUGGCUUUCAACAUCUGGUUGAUCCCCGAGUGUCUGAAGAUGUUUCAAACUAUUAAUCCUAUUGUGAUGUGCUGGCUUGUCAGCUUCAGGACUCUAGUAGUAUCAGUAAAGGUCUGCAGUGGUGUUUGAAAAGACCUUUUCCUUUCGUCUUUUUUGUACUGAUUAAUUCAGAGAAGGACAUUUUUGUUUAUGUGUUGAAUAGCAAUGAAUGAGAAUUAAAACGGAAAGAAAAGUAUCGCUCCACUACCUUUACCGCGGUUUGCUUUCACCCAAAGGUUUUCUUUCCACAGUUGCUAAUGCAUGAUUAUGCAUCAAAGCAACAAAUCAAUUUUCAAACCAAAAUAACGACGAUGCCUAUCCCUCUCUGUCAGAGAAGUAUUCAGCUCCCACACAUUGAAGAAUACAGCUCCGCUCCAUCUCUCCCAGAGAGCCUGAUAGCAUUUCAUCUUUAUUUAUUAAUCUGACAGAUGCUAUUCCGACCCAUCACCUAAAUAACGAAAACCAAAUCCCUGCCAAACCAUUUUAAUGCAUACACAAUUAGACAUUAUUGGAAUACUGCUUAUCA